GAAAUGAGAUGGUGAACUACUGAAUAUUUACCCAAAUACUGUUACUAAUUGUUAGUAAUGUAGAUUUGUUUUUAAGUUUUUCAGUAACGAAGAGGCUUAAAGAACUGAUUGCUGUGUAAUGGAGUCGUGACACCACCAAGAGACGACUGGACAAACCGUGAGCAGAUCAAGAGGAACAUGUUUACAAGACUCGGCCUAAUGUACAGUAGCGUCACCAUUCUGAAGAUCUACACACACACACACACACACACACGUUAUAUUAGGUAAGUUAAGAUGAGAAUUAAUUUAAAAGGAAAACUUGGUGGCUUGGUGGAGAGUAACAAUAUUAAGUCAGUUUUUCCUGUAGGACGCGGUGGUGUUAUCUAGCGACGUGGAUAGCGACGUGUAGUGGGAGACUCCGGUCAGUGUAGAACAUGUUAUGGUUGUUAUGGUGGGUGUUGUGUGUGGGCGGCGUGGGUGGUGGGCGGCUGAUCACCCCUCAUCCCAUAUUGGUUAGCCUGAGGGACACGCCCAUGUCACCAAGACCUUCACUCAGAUCACAGCUACGAGCGGCGGCCACAGACUUGAGAGGCACCUCUAUCCUGCAGACAUCCAUGCAGAUCUGUACCAACAACAAUUCCAUCAAAUACUCCAACACGGAAGAGAGAGAUAAGAGACGAUUAAUGCGGCUUAUGUUCGGGCGUGAUGGUCCCCCUCAGGAUAAGGUGGUGGUCCUGGUGAAGAUGAUAAGAGAUAGUGCCUUCGCCUUCAUUCACGGCCUUCCGGUGCUGCUCCACAACACAACGGACUUGAUGUCUCCUAUGGGCGUGGUGACUGUGUUAGUGGUACACCCAACCACGGCCCGUGUCCUGCGUACCUACCAUCACCCAGCACUCGCCCACGCACGCCCACUCCACGCUUUCAUAGACUCACUGCAACCUGGGCGUCUUUUGGUCAUCGCUGGCUUGGUGGUGUGGCUUGACCCCAGCGUCAGGUUAUUCUUGAACCAGCUGGGGAACACCAUACCUUCAGGAGCCAGCAGGAGUAACGUUGUUUGGGCGUGGGUGGGCGUGGUCAAUGGCGGCACCUUGGGUCAAGUGGGCGGUGCUUGGGAUGUCACCUCCAAUUAUACCCUCACACUGGAGCUGUACGUGACCAGGACCCCAGACAAUCCUUGGUGUGGAGGUUUAUCCCACCCGCCCAGGGAAGAGAGUGGGCGGUGGGCGGCGCGGGCGGAGCUGUGCCAGGACUAUGAUGGGUAUGGAACAUGGUGCUCUUGUCCUCCUCCUCCUCCACCAGCACCACAGCUCCACCACAGCUCCACCACCACAAUGUUAUGGGAGGGGAGAGGAGCCCUGAAGGACGCCGUGACUAUAGUAUUGGCCAGCAGACCCGACGCACUACACAGGUUAUUGCUAUCAGUAAGAGCUGCAGGGGCGCCAUCCUCCUCCAUCAACGUCUUCGUCAGCGCCUCCUCCCAUGAACUACGUAAGGUGUGUGAGAGCCACGGGGUACAACUGGAGGAGACAGAUCGCUCCUCAGACUGUGAAGGACUCCACGUGACCCGCCUCUAUGAGUCCUCCAUCAUGACUACCCUCAUCCUCAGACCUAAGCACCAGUUCUUUAUUAUCCUCGAGGACGACAUGGAGGUCCUGCCUACUUUCUACAGGUGGAUGGCUCGAGGUCGUCGCCUGUUACAUACGUCACAGGAGUAUGUGUGUGUCAACAGCCUGAGGCACGACCAACCUUAUGCCCUGUACAGCUACCACCUCCCAGCGACUGCCCUCAACCAACACAACCAUACUAGUGGUGUCCUUCCUCAACAAGUCCUCAGCCACCUCAACCAUACUGCUGAAGGAGAAGGAGGUGGCAUCUGGCGAAGUGGGUCCUACCAUCCACAAGUGUCGAGGGAAGAGGAUGAUGUCUUGGUGAAGAAAUAUCCCAACCUGCAGGAGAAGAAGGCUGAAGAUGUGAGGGAAGCAGUGAGGGAGGAGGGCGAGAGGUCUGGGUGGAGGUUCAUGGCCGGGUGGGGAGCGGAGCGGCCAGUGGUGGAAGCUAUGAUCAGGUUUUGGCCUCUGGCAACUCGGGACGUUGACUGGCAACAUCUUCUGGAUUUCUGGGCGGGACUCUCACCUUGUCUCACGCCCGCACGCCCACACUCCCGUCACGCCCAGGGUUCGACAUACGCCCUUGGAGACGAUCUACCUCCUCUAACAUGAGAAGAAAUAGAUGUUGAUGUCACACUCAGUACAUCUGGUUUAUAGUAAUUGUUGUUGUUGUAUUAGUUGUAGAAGUAGUAAUGGUAUCUAUACUUGUACUAGAAGUUGUGGUAGUAGUAGUAGUAGCCAUAGUAGUAGGAGUUGGGUUAAGUUAGGUUAAUAUUAGGCUGGAUGUAUCUGGUGUUUAUAUAGUGAGAAACAUGGCUUCUGAUUGGUGAAUAUGUUAUAUAGAAAUUGUAAGACUGUCUGUGAUUGGUGAAUGAGUUAUAUAUAGAUAUUGUAAUACUGUCUGUGAUUGGUGAAUGAGUUAUAGGCAAAAGACGCCUGAUUGGUGAAUCAUAUACAUACAGAUAAGAAAACCCUGAUUGUGAUUGGUUACUCAGACCCAUAUACAAACAAAAACACACCUUCCACCCCCCCCCCUCCCUCAACAGGUGUAUCGUGGCCAGGUGUAUGAGAUGUAUACCUGUACUGUAUUUGAGAGUAAAUACUGUAUAUUGUAGUAUUAA